UGCAUAGACGUGGCUCAUCUCGUGCGAACCUAUUUUCAUACUAUUGAAAUAUGCAGGUCGAUGACUGUCCGUCAUUGGCGGAGAGGCUAGUGACGUCAUGUAGCAGUCCGGCCAGUGUUUUGAGAAUGGGGAAAGUUUUUCAGUGCGUUGACGAGACGCUGCUGGAGACUCCUCUCAUCUGACUGAACGCUGUAUAAACAGCGCGCUGAAUGACUUCAGCUUAACGUCUUAUGGCCUCUCAAAUCCUUUUAAGCAGCACUGUUAUUUUUCUUUAUUAACUACUGGAAAUAUCACCAUCACCACCAAAGGACGGAUCCAUGCGCCAAGGCAGGAUCGUUAUUUUCUCAUAGAUAAGGUGCAGCUCUGACUGAGAUGGCUGUGUUACUGCGCUGCCACAGGACAGUUGGCUGUUGGCUAUUGGCUGUGGCCUUUUGUUUCCUGCCUUGCAUUGCUUCCUCCCUAAGCCUGGAGGAUCCCAACGUCUGCAGCCACUGGGAGAGUUACUCUGUGACAGUGCAGGAGUCGUAUGCUCAUCCUUUUGAUCAGAUUUAUUACACCAGCUGCACCGACAUCCUAAACUGGUUCAAGUGCACCAGACACAGGGUGAGCUAUCGGACAGCAUAUCGUAGAGGAGAGAAAACCAUGUAUCGGAGAAAGUCCCAGUGCUGCCCAGGCUUCUACGAGAAUGGAGAGAUUUGUGCUCCUCAUUGUGCAGAGAGCUGUGUUCACGGCCGUUGUAUGGCCCCCAACACCUGCCAGUGUGAACCGGGCUGGGGGGGCUCCAACUGCUCCAGCGCUUGUGACAGUAACCACUGGGGUCCCCACUGCAGUAACAGAUGUCAGUGCCAGAACGGAGCACUGUGUAACCCCAUCACUGGAGCCUGUAUCUGCACUCCUGGAUACCGAGGUUGGCGCUGUGAGACCCAGUGUGAAGUGGGCACCUAUGGAAAUGGAUGCCAACAGAAAUGUCAAUGCCAGAAUGGUGCUGCCUGUCAACAUGUGACUGGAGAAUGCCGGUGCUCACCAGGAUAUACUGGAGCUUUCUGUGAAGACCUCUGUCCUCCAGGUAAACAUGGGCAACAGUGUGAGGAGAGAUGUCCAUGUCAGAAUGGAGGAGUGUGUCACCAUGUGACUGGAGAGUGCUCCUGUCCUGCAGGAUGGAUGGGUUCAGUGUGUGGCCAGCCGUGUCCAGAGGGGAGAUUUGGACAAAACUGUUCCCAGGAAUGUCAGUGUCACAACUACGGCUUUUGUAUUUUGUCCACUGGACAGUGUCUCUGCACCCCUGGAUACACAGGAGAACGGUGCCAAGACGAGUGUCCAAUUGGUACUUAUGGUGCUGGCUGUGCAAAGACUUGUCGCUGUAAGAACAACAGCAAGUGCUACCACACCAAUGGAAUGUGUCUGUGUGAGCCAGGAUACACAGGCGAGAUCUGUGAUGUCCGACUAUGUCCUGAAGCACACUAUGGCCUCCGGUGUGAUAGGAAGUGUCCAUGCUACACCCAGAACACACAAAGCUGCCACCCAAUGUCAGGGGAAUGUACAUGUCAGCCUGGUUGGUCAGGCCUCUACUGCAAUGAGACGUGCACUCCAGGAUUUUAUGGCGAGUCAUGCCAGCAGGUGUGCCAGUGCCAGAAUGGUGCUGACUGCCACAGUGUGACUGGAGAGUGUAUCUGUGCUCCAGGCUUCACGGGUCCCAACUGUUCAGUCCCCUGCCCAGCAGGGAAAUAUGGUGUGAACUGCUCCUCCAGCUGUAACUGUAAGAACAGAGCUCAGUGUUCACCUGUGGAUGGAUCUUGUUCCUGUAAACCAGGGUGGCAUGGAGUGGACUGCUCCAUCAACUGUCCCAGUGGAACGUGGGGUUUGAGUUGUAAUCUCACCUGUAUGUGUGGGAAUGGAGGUUCAUGUAACGCCCUGGAUGGUCACUGUACCUGUGCUCCUGGCUGGAGAGGAGAGAAGUGUGAACUCCACUGCCAGGAUGGUACCUAUGGUCUUGACUGUAAAGAACGCUGUGACUGCAGUCAUGCUGAUGGAUGUCACCACUCUACUGGUCACUGCCGCUGUCUGGCUGGAUGGACUGGUAUCCACUGCGACAGUGUGUGUGCAGAGGGCCGCUGGGGCCCAAACUGCUCCCUCCCCUGUAACUGUAAGAACGGAGCUUCAUGCUCUCCGGAUGAAGGAACCUGUGAGUGUGCUCCAGGAUACAGAGGCACCACCUGCCAGCGGAUCUGCUCUCCAGGUUACUUUGGUCACCGCUGCAGUCAGACAUGUCCACAGUGUAUCCACAGUAAUGGACCGUGUCACCACGUUACAGGACAGUGUGAUUGUCUGCCGGGUUUCAAAGGGGCGCUGUGCAACGAGGUGUGUCCCAGUGGUCGCUUUGGGAAGAACUGUGUCUGGAUUUGCAGCUGCACCAACAAUGGCACCUGUAACCCCAUCGAUGGCUCCUGUCAGUGUUACCCAGGAUGGAUUGGCAGCGACUGCUCCCAGCCGUGUCCGCCAGGUCAGUGGGGACCCAACUGCAUCCACACAUGUAACUGUCACAACGGAGCCUACUGCAGUGCCUAUGAUGGAGAAUGCAAGUGCACCCCAGGAUGGACCGGCCUCUACUGCACACAACGCUGUCCUUUAGGUUUCUAUGGGAAGGAUUGUUCUCAGACCUGCCAGUGCAGGAAUGGAGCUGAUUGUGACCACAUCUCUGGACAGUGCACCUGUCGCACUGGCUUCAUGGGACGUCACUGUGAACAAAAGUGUCCUCCUGGUUCAUAUGGUUACGGCUGUCGUCAGGUCUGUGACUGUCUAAAUAACUCAACCUGUGAUCACAUGACUGGUACAUGUUACUGCAACCCAGGCUGGAAGGGAGCUCGCUGUGACCAAGCUGGUGUGGUGGUGGUGGGCAGCCUCAACAGUUUGACGAGUGCAGCCAUGCAGGUGGACACCUACCAGAUUGGAGCCAUCACAGGAAUCAUCAUCCUGGUGCUGCUGGUGCUCUUCCUCCUACUCCUCUUCAUCAUCUAUAGGAAGAAGCAGAAGGGCAAAGAGCAAACAAUGCCGGCUGUGACCUACACUCCUGCUAUGAGGGUCACUGCUGAUUAUACCAUCACAGAUGCUCACCCACCAAUAUGUGAGGCCCACCCCAGUAACUACUUCUCCAACCCAAGCUAUCACACUCUGACUCAGUGCAUCAGCCCCCCACAUGUAAACAGUGGUCCAUAUGGAAAGGCCAUGAACAAAAAGCUGUUUGUGAAUUUGAAGAAUGUGGAUCAGAGAAAAGGGGUUCCUCUAGUGGAACAUAGUGGCACACUGCCUGCAGACUGGAAACAAGGAGACUGCUUCAAUGAACUGGGAGCCUAUGGAAUUGAUAGGAGAUACAUGGGGAAAUCGCUACGAGAUCUGGUGAACGGUACACCCUAUCAUGCCAGUUCCUGUUCCCUCAACAGCUCUGAAAACCCAUAUGCCACGAUAAAAGACCCUCCCCUACUUACAGCCAAAAACACAGAGUGUGGCUAUGUGGAAAUGAAGUCACCAGCCAGACGGGAUUCACCAUACGCUGAGAUCAGCAACAACAGCCCCAACAAUAACCGGAAUGUCUAUGAAGUUGAACCAACUGUAAGCACCGUCCUGCCCACUGGAGACAGCAAUGGCCACUUACAGUUUGGUCAGGAUCCAUACGAUCUACCAAAAAACAGCCACAUCCCCUGUCACUACGACCUCUUACCAGCCAGAGAAAGUCCAUCGUCAGAGCUCAAGGACUUGGACAGUGAAUGAUGGCACACAGACUCCAUACAGAUAUCCGGUCUUUCCUCCAGUCAACAGCUCCAGUGCUGGAUGUUCCACAAACACUUUAUACCCAUGUCACUUGUUUUUAACUGUUAUACUUUGACAUUAUCAGUUUAAUUAUGUAUUUUGACUUCUUUCUCAACAAAGUGGGUAUAUAAGAGUUUGAAGGUUAGUUUGAAGGUAUAACUGUUAUAUUUUGUAGCAAUUUCUGAACUGCAUCGAAGUCUUCAUAGGUCAUUCCAUAUGUCUGGGAGGUAAGCUUUGUUUAAGGAAUGCUUCGAAAAAAACAGUUUGUAUGAUGUGUUGUCUAACCUUUGCUAACAGCAAAAGUGUUUCAACCAUUCCAAAUGGCCACACUCAAAGGCAGGCAGAAAAGCCUUCUUUCACAGCCUCCUUCUGAUUGCCUCCCUGGUCUCUCUCCAAGAUCUCUAUGUCUUUUGCAUGUCUUGUAGUCUCAGUGCAACACAUUGUACAAAUGGCAAUAACGCACGCAUUCAGAUAGUGGCAAAGCAUUUGUCGUGAUGAACUUGGUUGUACAGAUGAAAAGUGACCUGCCUCCUUGUCAUACCUCUGAACACCUGGCUAAUUGCUGCAUAAAAGUGAUUGUUGGAUUGUUUGAUUCGGAAAGUUAAAAAAACUGUCAGAGGCAGCCACACCCAAUUCCUAUGUCAUAAAAGGGGUUUCAGAUGCUGUUCAAUGAUCACAGCACUUGUUUCAAGCAUACUGAAGCCUUUAUAAUGUUUGUGUAUAACAUUCAAUACCAAUCCAAUCUCUACGUUUGUAACAACCACAUUAGAAAAUGGUUAAUUUUACUGAAUAUUAGCAAUUGUAUCAAAGAUUAGAUAUUUGUUUUAUUUCAUGAAGAAGAGUAUCAGAGUCAAGCUGCUGACCACAAUAAGCAUGAAGGUUAGUGCUAUGUACUAGCAUUCCCCUACAGACACACAAACUGAGUUUCUCAUAUUAGAGCCACUGGCCAAGCUACAAAACAGGCAUCCAUACAGAAACUCUCUUAAAGGUCCAUAAAUGUUCUUCCAGUGACUGUCAAAAACUUUCCAGCAGACACAGAGAGUCUGACCACUGGCUUUACAAUCACUGUCCAUGCUAUACUGUGCGGUGGUCUCUCCUGUGUCUCCUGACCCUCCGUUUCACACACUACCUAGCCACAAGACCACAACCCCUAAAGUUGUUGCUCCCUCACUCCUCUGUUGCAUUUUUUAGUUAGUUUAGUUUAGUUUUAGAGUGUAGUUACCCUUUAAGAAAACAAACUGCGGAAAAAGUUAAGAAGUCAUCUAACUCCACCUCUUCCUACUAUCUCAAGCUGCUUGUUAAAAAGCUACAGAUAAUCCGUGCCUCUGCGAUGGAAAAAUAAGUAGAGCCCAUACGGCAACAUUGCCUGAAGAGACUCUUGAGGGGCACUACAGCAAGCAAGAUGAGUCAAAUGAUAGUAGCUGAGCUACCUUCUAACAGUACAAAUAAUGUCAGCCUGGUUAGCAAGGCUACUGAAGAGUAGCGUGCAGAUAACCUUCCCUCUGUCACAUGACCCAUGUCUUGCAUGUUGUGGUCCUGUAUAGAGUAUCCCACAUUGUUUUUUUUUGGCUGGAGACCAUGUUUUUUUGACAGUCUGCCUAAUUUGUAUGCCAUGAUCCAAUUACACUGCUGGCACAAGAUAGAAUAAAUAUAACAACAACACCCACUUUUCAAGCAUUUGUCCCAGCCUCCCAAUGGGAAUGCUAUUCAGUAAUUAUAAUGAAAGUCCCUUUUGAUAUUCUGAAAAUAAACACUUCAAAUUGGUAUUUGUAAAAUUUUGCCAUGCCAGAAUUUAGGCUACAGGGUCUGACACUAAACACUGAAAUUAUCUGGUUAAUCGUUUCAUGUAUAAAAUGUCAGAAAUUUGGUAAGAAUGCUUAUCUCUAUUCCCCUAUAUCCUGAUAUAUUUCUGAUGAAGUACUGAAAAUAAGUUAAAUACAUUUUUUUGUUUUGUUUGUUUGCUCAGUGUUGAUGUACUGAAUAACUUUGUGUUAUGCAUGAAUGGAGUGUUAUAUAAUACAUUAUUUUAAGUUCUGUGUGAAAGUAGACAGAGCAUGCAGCAUGGUGAACAUUACUACUACAAGAUGGUAGCAAACAUAGGAAUUCCAACCAAUGUGUAGAUCAGCCCAGUGUUGUUCAGAAGGCACUUGUAUCCCUUUCCAAUGCAGAAUCCAUAACCUCGGGCUACACAAAAUACAACUUAAACAACCAUGUACAGUUCCUUUUAUUUCCACGGCAAUUUGCAAACUGGGAGGAUUCAGAUAUAUACCAUCAGAAAGGCAAAAGUGACACUCGCCUCAUCAUUUUUGCAAGGAACUUAACCACCCAUAACUUGGGGCUUCCCCUGAUCUAAACUUUUAAGAGCCUUGUGAAGCUUUGGUACUAGGCUCUUCCUUAUACAAUGGGGUCCAAAAUUCUGAGGCCACUUUCCAAUUGAAAGUUUUCUCAUACUUUCGGACCCCAUUGUACACCCACUGUAUUUAACAAACCGGGGACACUUUUAAAUGGCCAAAGCAAAGGAGGUAAUUGGUUGUUGGACAGACAACAUUAAAAGGGGAGGCACUAAUAUUGUUACUGAUUUUCUUUCUUAUUUAUGUGAAGAUGUUUAUUGCUGAUGAAGAAUCCAUGGCACUGUGGGACAGUCACAAGCCAUUUGAUGGCCCAAAAUGGCAAAACCCUGCACACUAAACUACAUUUUUUUGUUUGGCUGUGUAUGUGGUUCAUCUUUUGGUUUCUAACAGCUGACUCCAGCUCCUUUUAAAAUGCCUCCUUUCACCACUAGUGAGAGCAUGGACAUGUUGGUUUGUCUAACAGGUGUUUCACUGUUUUUGGUAGUCCAGCUCCUUACAGUAGUGAAAUGGUGGUUACGACAUAUGGGCUUGACCAGUCACAACUGACAGCACUGCCCCAAUAAGUGCCUUAACCUUGUAUUUAGUAUCACCUUCUGAGCAGAUUCAGUAUUACAAACAGUGGAAAUAAAAGCAGUGCUUGUGACAAUGGCUACAUGUUAAAAUACAUUAUAUCAUAUUAAGUUUCAGCAGUGUUGGUUUAUCCAACGAAUAUUCUCCGCUGUUUUUUCUCCUUUCACAAAAAGUAUUAGCUCCAUACAAAUGCAGAGGUAACAUGGUGGCUAUUGUUAUGUUUGUUGCUUAACCAAUCGCGACUGACAUCACUGCUGACAAUUCCUGGAAGUCCCUUGAACAGUUAGUAUCACCUCCUGAGCAGUGCCCAAAUUUAGCUCCAGGGACUUGUCCCCAAAGCAGGCAUUCAGUCCACAACUAGGAUUCAUGACCUGUUAGUUUCCACCAUUGACUAUAUUUAGGUUGAAGAACCCGACAAAAUAUAUUUGCUCAGUGUGAUAAGAAUUCCACAAUAACAUGAUCACAUCUUCAUCAUGUUAUUACCACUUCAGUAUACAUCCUCAUGUCACCAGAUUAACACAGUCAUCUGUACAUUAAGACUAAGUCAAUGACACAGUUGCUGAUCUUUAUUACACUGCAAUUUAAAGGGCUCAGCAUAUCUAAUGAAAAGCAAGCUUAAGCUGGACUUUUGCUUAAUUGCAUAAUUGUAACAGGAACAGUUCACAUUAAUCAGUUAUACACAUGGUCAUAUUUCACAGAAAAUUGUUCAGAAAAAUGUCACUUUUAAAUUUUAGUUUGAUUGUGGUUUUUCUUUUUGUCUUUCCUGUAUUCUGAAUGGCCUAAAAUAGCAAAAAAUCUUAAACUAUUCUGAGCGUAUUUGUUUGUAAAAUAAUGUAUAUAAUUUGAUCAGUACUGAUGUAAAAAUGUUUAUAUCACCCAGUGUCUUGUGUCUGAAAUUGAAAACAGGAAUAAAUAUGGCAUUUGUGUUAAUGAUUAUAUAAACUUGGAGACUUGAGACUCUUAUCCUCUAUAGAUACAGGAUUUUUUUGUAAUCUUUUCUCUCUCUAAUCUGCCAGAAUACUGUAUAUUUAAAUGACCACUAAAGAUGUUUGCUCUGAAAGGAAUGGUUGAGAUUUUUCCAAGCAUCAUCUAUUUUUUGGCUCUUAAUUGGUACUUUAAUCCUCCAGUUGGAGAAUAGAUUAGACACAAGCUUCCACUGCACUCUUCUCAAUAAGGUGACAAUGAUUUAGCCACUAACACCAUGGGAUUCUAUCUAUUAUGCUUUUUCGGGUCUUGUUUUUCAUU